UGCCUUUUACAUUAGUUGAAUUGAAUCCAACCAAGGAAUACAAAGUAUCAAACAUGGUUUCCAAAGUUUUAAUCGGUCUUUGCCUUCUUGUAACAAUAGCGGCUGCAGUACCUGCCGUCUCACCACCAUGGGGUGGUGGAGGAUGGGGAGCUCCAGCUUGGCCUGGCGUCGGCGGCGUGAACCCAUGGAUACCAUCAUGGAUAUCUGGGGCCCCCUGGAUCCCACAAUGGUCGCCAUGUACCACUGUUGGCCCCUCAUGCGUCAACUGUAACACUCGUCUGAUUUGCACGAAGGUUGGCGGCAUGCAGAAGGCCUGUGAUGACCCUACUAUGCCUCACUGCAACCUCGGAGAAUGCUCCGCCACACCAUCCGACCAGUGCGCGGUCCCCGUAGUUCCGGCUAAUGUUGUCUAAUUGAAUAGCAAAAUAUGAUACUCAAGAAUUUGCAUCCACUUAUAAAAUCGUGUUCAUUUAAAGUUAUUAGUUUAAUUUUUUAUCAUUGUUUUAAUGAUUACGUAGUCUCAAUUUAAAUUAUUUUGUUAAAUAUAAAUUUAUUUUCUUUAUUAAACCCUACUGUUCUUCAUAUAAUAAAAACAACAUAUCUAAAUAAGACUUAUUAUUUAUUUAGUCGCUUUAUUUUGAUACUCAUAGCCUUAAAAUAUAAAUAAAUUGUUCUUAAUUCUUAUUA